AUGGUCCGCACCAACACUACCACUUUCCACCCAGACACCUUUUUUCUUAUAGGCAUCCCAGGACUUGAGGCUUUCCAUGGUUGGAUUUCCCUGCCUUUUUGCUCUGUUUACUUAAUGGCUCUGCUGGGCAAUGCUACAAUUCUGCUAAUCAUCUGGUCAGAGCGUGCUCUGCGGAAUCCAAUGUUCUACUUUCUAGCCAUCUUAUCAGCCAUAGAUCUAGCUCUUUCCACAUCCUCAGUGCCACGCAUGUUGGGUAUCUUCUGGUUUGCGGCACACAAUAUUGGCUUUGGAGCCUGUGUGGCCCAGAUGUUUCUGAUACACACCUUCACAGGAAUGGAAUCCGCUGUCCUGCUGGCAAUGGCCUUUGACCGCUAUGUGGCCAUCUGUGCACCACUCCAUUAUACCACCCUUCUGACACCCAGGGUGCUGGCAGGCAUUGGUGUGGGUAUUAUAAUGCGCCCAGUCCUGCUCAUGUUGCCCAUUCUGUACCUAACCCAUCGCCUGCCCUUCUGUGAGGCUCACAUUAUUGCCCACUCCUACUGUGAGCACAUGGGCAUCGCCAAGUUGGCCUGUGCCAGCAUUCGCAUCAAUGCCAUUUAUGGGCUUUUUGUGGCUUCUUUUCUUAUUUUGGAUGUGGUUCUCGUCGGAAUCUCCUAUAUGUACAUUCUCCGAGCUGUUUUCCGCCUGCCAUCUCGAGAUGCUCGUCACAAAGCACUGAACACGUGUGGCUCACAUGUUGGGGUCAUGUGUGUUUUCUAUACACCCUCCCUCUUCUCCUUCCUCACUCACCGAUUUGGCAAAAAAAUCCCCCGUUAUGUGCACAUUCUUGUUGCCAACCUCUAUGUGGUCAUCCCGCCUGCCCUCAACCCUGUUAUCUAUGGCGUGAGAACGAAGCAGAUUCGUGAGCAUGUCAUCCGUGCUUUCACCUCAAAAUAG